AUGAAUGACCGGGCUAGAGAUAGAAAUCGCCGGGAUGGCAGAGGAGGAAUGGGUGAAAGAAGACCUGGUGAUAGAGAUCGCUCUCCUAUAAGAUCAAGAUCCAGUCGAAGUGAUUGUAGGGUUUUCGUAUCUAACUUACCUUACGAUUAUCGAUGGCAAGAUCUGAAAGAUUUAUUCAGAAAAGAAAUUGGUGAAGUGGCAUUUGUAGAAUUGUUUAGCGACGAAAAUGAUAAAUCAAAAGGUUGUGGUAUUGUGGAAUUUGAAUUACCCGAAUCAGUAAAAAAAGCCAUUGAGAAAUUACACAGAUAUGAUAUUGAUGGUAGAAAAAUAAUUGUUAAAGAGGACAAUGGAACAGCUAGAGAUCGGUAUGGUUCAAUGAGAGGUGGAAGGGAUCGCGAGAGAGAAGAUAGAUGGGAAGGUGGUAGAGAUUUACCUAGUUCUAAACCUUACACUUGGGGUGAAACAUACGGUUUGUCACCUAGCUUUCUUGAAGGUCUCGGUAUUGCACCUCCUUUGGUUUGCAGAGUCUUUGUUGCUAAUCUCGAUUACAAAGUAACUGAGAAAAAAUUGAGGGAAGUUUUUAGAUUAGCUGGUAAAGUUCGAGAUGUUGAGUUGUCUUUGGACUCGGAUGGGAAAUCUAGGGGAUUUGCUGUGGUAGAAUAUGACCAUCCAGUUGAAUCAGUACAAGCUAUUUCUAUGUUGCAUAAUCAACCACUUUACGAUAGGAGGCUAACUGUGAGAAUGGAUCGUGUUGAUCCCUUGGACACCAAUUCCAGACUACCGGAAGGUCUUCACAAUAUUGGAAUGGGAUUAGGUGCCAAUGGAGCUCCUUUACGAGACAUAGCUAAAAAUCUUCCCAGUUUAGCAUCGGUUGGAAAUAAUCUUAAUUCGCUGCAGAGUCACAACAGUUUUAAUAAUUUAACUGCUGCUGCUGCAUUGUCCGCUGCCGCUGCCGUACCACCACUCGGUCUUCAACAACAAGCUGCUGCUUUACAUGCUGCAGCAGCAUUGAAUACAGGUAACAAUUCUCUUCUUGGUCCAGCUGGAAAUCUUGACUUAUUAGCUAGAACCACCAAUGAUUUGACAGCCAGAGAUUUAGCUUUAAGCAAUCUAGCUGGAUUAGGUGGGAAUUUGGUUAAUCAAAAUAACUUAAAUUCUUCAUUGGGAUCUAAUGCUGGAAAUACAGGCCUUGGUAAUCAGGCUCCCAACAGAGAUGGAUUCGGGGAAAGAGAUUUAAGAUCCCUGGGAACAAAUUCUAAUUUCGGGGCUGCAUCCGCUCGAAAUAACAUCAUGUCUAGCGGUGGACCUAAAUCCUCAGAUACAGUUAUUGUAGACAACUUACCACAUAAUUUUACGUGGCAAAAUUUGAAAGACAAAUUUCGCGAUGUUGGAAACAUAAAAUUUGCCGAAAUGAGAGGGAAAUUGGGUUUGAUUCGAUUUGCAUCUGAGUGGGAAGCUCACCGUGCUGUCUCUUUAAUGGAUAAUUCUCGUAUCGAUGGUCAAAACAUAGACGUUCGCUUAUUUUAA